AUGUUGAAGCUCUGGUGUGCGGUCGUUGGAGAGACUGGGAGCCCGUUCUUGGUGCAGGUGGACGAGCUGGACAGGGUUCAAGACUUGAAGGAGGCGAUCAAGACAGAGAAACCAGUGACGAUCACGUGCGAUGCCGAAGACCUGCAACUCUUCCUAGCGAAGAGAAAGAAGGAGGAGGACGGGGAGAAAUGGCUGACACAACGUGAAGCGCUGGGAGGAGUGAGAGACACUAGUGACUAUACUCGCGUCUCGUCUACGGACGCGCACUUACGAUGCGUGGGGCUGGCAAGUGGCCAACUCGGCGAAGCGAGUGAAGCAGACAAAGUUGUUGGCCUGGGCCCAAUUCACCUGCUGGUGGAGGCUCCA